AUGGCUACCUCAAUUUCAUCGUGCGAUAUAACUUUAAAGAUCCUUAUAGUUGGAGAUCCAUCAAUUGGUAAAUCAUCUUUAAUAUGGAGGAUGAGUGAGAAUAUAUUUCCAACAUUAGAACAAGCAAAUAUAAAUAUGGCAAAUUCAGUGAAAUCAAAGGCAAUUCAAUUUGGAAGAAAGCAAAUAUUAUUAAAAUUCCUUGAUACAGCUGGUCAAGAAAGAUUUAGAACAAUUUCAAGAUCAUUUUAUUCAACUACAGAUAUAAUUAUUCUUUCAUAUGAUCAAAGUAAUCAAUCAAGUUUUGAUCAUUUAACUCAAUGGUAUACAGAAGUUCAAAGAUAUGCAAAAAAAGAUUGCUACAUAGCUUUAGCAAGCACCAAAAAAGAAUCAACACAACAAGUUGUAAAUCCUAGUACAGCACAGAAUUUUGCAAAUGAAAAGGGUAUUUCAUUUAUAGAGACCAGUGCAGCUUCAGGUGAAGGUGUUGAUGAGUUAGUUCAAUUGGUUGUAAAAGGAGCAGGUGAAAAAUUAUAUUCAGAAGAAAAUUGGACAAAAUUAAGAGUUAAAGCAAAUGAAAAUCCAAAUUCAAAAGGUACAAGAGGAGGAACUCAAUCUGAACCAAGAAAGACAGGUUUUUGUCAAAUUUUAUAA